GAGGACCUUCGCGUAGAUGGUCGUGGCUGUGAAGACUACAGAUGUGCAGAAGUAGAAACCGAUGUUGUAUCAAACACAAGUGGAUCUGCAAGAGUAAAGCUGGGACACACUGAUAUCUUGGUAGGUGUAAAAGCUGAAAUGGGGACACCAAAGUUGGAGAAACCAGAUGAAGGUUACCUGGAAUUCUUUGUUGACUGUUCUGCAAAUGCUACUCCUGAAUUUGAAGGCCGGGGAGGAGAAGAACUUGGCACGGAGAUAGCAAAUACACUCUACAGAGUAUUUAGCAGCGAGAGCAGUGUAGACCUGAAAUCACUUUGUAUUAAUCCCAGAGAGCACUGCUGGGUUGUCUAUGUUGAUGUAUUGUUAUUGGAAUGUGGUGGGAACCUCUUUGAUGCAAUCUCUAUCGCAGUGAAGGCAGCUCUCUUUAACACAAGAAUACCCAAAGUGCGUGUUUUGGAGGAUGAAGAAGGCUCUAAAGAGAUUGAGCUGUCUGAUGACCCUUAUGAUUGUAUUCGACUUAACGUGGUUGAUGUACCCUGCAUCGUCACACUAAGCAAAAUUGGAUAUAGGCAUGUGGUGGAUGCUACCCUUCAGGAAGAAGCCUGUUCUUUGGCCAGCCUGCUUAUUUCUGUGACCAGUAAAGGUGCCCUCACUUCUAUGAAGAAAGUGGGGAAAGGUAGCCUUGAUCCUGAGAGUAUUUUUGAAAUGAUGGAGACGGGAAAAAGAGUAGGCAAGUCAUUGCACAUAGCCCUUCAGAAGAUUUUGGAUGAAGAAGAGAGUUUGGGGACCUCGCGGCAGAAAGUUGGAUUUCUAGGAUGAGUUUUUAUUAAAUGCUAAUACUGUUUUUAAUUGAUCGUGCAAUCUUGUCAGUUUGUAUAUAGAAAAAUGAUGUUUUUUGUUCCAGUACCUUUAUCCUUCUAACUAAGAGGCUUUUAAAAUGUUACUAAGCAUAAAGCUAGCUACAGUUAAAUGCGAAUAAGCAAAUUUGAGAUGCUUUCCAUAUGGGUAGCUGUCUGCACCUAGGAAGCGCACCAGCAGCAACUGAUGCAAUUGCCUGGGAGGUGCAUGAGUCUGUUUUCAAGAGUGACUGGUGUAGAUUCCACUUAAUUCUGUUUGCGUGUCUUCCACUUCUGCAGACCAGCAGUUGUGUUCUAGAGCGUAUAUGAGGGUGUCCUCCAUACAGCACAAGCCAGGUUUUGGGCCUCUUGAAAUCUUUUUUUAAU